ACGAGUACUGAAGUUCGUAAUAAGUUGAUGCGCGCGCGAAAAGUUUACUAAAUACCUAUACCAAGGUAUUACGUACCUAUAGGACAAGGGUGAUAGGUGGAUACUGAAUAUUUAACAAAUCUGGAUUUCGUACGGAUCAUGAGUGUUAGGUGAUCGGGAUUCCAUGAACGAAGUGCUUUAAUAAAGUAGUCGUUGGUAUAGUAGAUAAAUUAAGAAGUGGAUUUGUUUGUUUUUUUUUUCAAGUUGUACACCUACUGUUCCGUUAUUUUUUUAUGUGCCAGUGGUUCGAUUUUCAGGACCAAUGUCAAUUGUAAAUUCAAUCGUAGUGAUUCUAUUCGUUAUCAGCCAUGUUCAUGGAGUGAUCGAAGAUUAUGAUGUUUUGACGAGACAAGAUACCGAAGAUGAUGAUGCUUUGACGAGACGAGAUACCGAAGAUGAUGAUGCUUUGACGAGACGAAGAUACGAGACAACUACUAAUUCAUGCCAGACACCCGAUUCCCUUCCGGGAAACUGCAUCGUUUUAAAAAACUGUCCUCAUUUGCACGAACUGCUGAAAAAACGUGGACUAGAGCCCAGAAUAGUACAAUUUCUACGAAGAUCGAAAUGCGGAACAGAGAACAAUUCGCCGAAAGUAUGUUGCAGCUUGACCAACUCCGUGCAACCAUCAGUGACGUCAGCAUCUGUCGAUUCAACGCCAUCAUCGAUAUCAAGUUACGUCCAUCAAAAUCCAUCUUCUUUCUGGUACCCGAGUCAUUCUUCAACCACAACCACAGUCAAACCUUCGCCAACCACUGAACAACUGCAGACAUCGACUCAACAAAUUACAUCACCCAAAACGUUAAUUACUGAUGCUUAUGAUCACGAUCAGUUUUGGAAUACAUCACCUACAGGAAGUCCAGUGACGUCUUCGCCUGGGUUGAUCACCUCAUCUACAGUGACUCAUGCAGACAGGACUAAACUGCAUGCUAAAAAUAAAUAUGCUACGUGUGGAAAGUCUUCGAGAAAAGGGUUGAAUAUAAGUGGAGGGAAGAAUGCGACUUUAGGUGAUUGGCCUUGGAUGGUGACCUUGGUCUAUAGAACUGUUCGCGAUCCAACUCCAAUGUACAGAUGUGGGGGUACUCUGAUUUCCGAUAGAUGGGUUCUUACUGCUGGUCAUUGUGUUCAGUAUAUUGGAAGUUUGAUUUUACAAUCAGUACGAGUUGGAGAUCUGAAUUUGGACGAUAAACUCGACGAUGGAGCUUCCCCGAUUAACAUUCCGGUUGAAAAAGUGAUUCCUCACCAUGGCUUUACAUCGACUCCCGGAGUGACCAAUGACAUUGCCCUGCUGCGAUUAAAAUAUCCGGUAAAUUUCACAGCUAACGUAAGACCUAUUUGUAUCUCUGGAAAAGAAGAACACCGAAGUGACGACUUCUAUUUGAAUAGAUCUGCUUACAUCGCCGGAUGGGGUGAUAUUAAAUAUGGAGAGCGUAAGACGACUGAUAUGCUUAUGGAAGCAACGGUCGAUAUAGUUGAUCUAAAAACUUGUGCUAAAAAUUACGCAGGACGAUAUGUUACAAUUGAUCAACGAGUGUUGUGUGCCUCCAGGCUGGGGAUAGAUGCUUGCCAAGGUGAUUCUGGUGGGCCAUUGAUGAUGCCGAUUAAGAAUUCGUAUUACUUGGUUGGAAUCAUAUCAUUUGGUAUUGGAUGUGCAGAUAUAGACUACCCUGGAGUUUAUACAAAAGUUGGCUAUUUUUCUGAUUGGAUCAGGUCGACGACUGGUAUUGAAAUGUAAUUUUUUGGGGAAUAACUGAGUUUAUUCGUUUGCUCAAUUGUUAUUUAUAUUUUUAUAUUUGCACAAUUUUCAGUAUAUGUUCUGAAACAUUUGUAGUACAUUAUAUUGUUAACUAACCUUUA